AUGGCCGUUGAUAAGACCGCCAUAGGGAGCUCUGCACCGACGGGUGCGAGCAACUCUGACACGGCGCAUACCAGACCGCGCCCCAACGCACGACAACAGUCUGGCAUCGCUUUCUCUUCUGACGGCUUCAGUCUGCCCGACCUGGAGGCGGAGACUGAAGCACCCCCCGCUUACGGCGAGCUUCAUGACCAGAUUCAGCUGUCACAGUCCGGCAUUCAAGCCGGCGCAAGUGUUACCGAGGAUGGACGAGUCAACAUCAACAUCAAUCAGAAGAACAGGCGCCUCACUGAUCUGCUUGCCCCAACUCUGAGGCAACAGCUCGCUGAAAACGUCGCCGAUGCUCCCCUCCCUCCGGCCUACAUCCCACCCAGUCUCGGUGGUCAGCCGGGCCAGACGCCGCCGCCACCCAUGAACAUCGUCAUACAGAUUGUGGGAUCCAGAGGCGACGUUCAGCCCUUUGUGGCACUUGGCAAGAUAUUGCUCGAGUAUGGGCACCGUGUUCGUAUAGCAACACACGCUACUUUUCAAAGCUUCGUCGAAGACGCUGGGCUCGAGUUUUUCUGUAUAGGAGGCGACCCUGCUGAACUCAUGGCUUUCAUGGUCAAGAAUCCAGGUCUCAUGCCGGGCUUUGAUGCCCUCAAAAAUGGUGAGAUCAGCAAGCGGAGGAAGGGCAUCCAGGAUAUACUUCUCGGUUGUUGGAGGUCCUGCAUCGAGGCUGGCAACGGGCUCGGACCGCCGCCGAAGAAGCAUCGCAGAGACCAGCCUCUCGAAGAGACUGAGGUUUUCAGACCGGGCGAUCAGCGACCCUUUGUGGCGGAUGCCAUCAUUGCGAACCCUCCGAGCUUUGCUCACAUUCAUAUUGCCGAGAAGCUAGGCAUCCCGCUGCACAUGAUGUUCACGAUGCCCUGGUCGCCAACUCGGGCAUUCCCUCAUCCCCUCGCCAACAUCCAGUCGACCAACACGGAUGCUGUCAUGACAAGCUACCUAUCUUAUGCUCUAGUAGAGAUGAUGACAUGGCAAGGUCUCGGCGAUGUCAUCAACAGGUUCCGAGCAAAGGCUCUGGAUUUGGACCCCAUCUCCCUCAUCUGGGCUCCUGGUCUGCUGACGAGGUUGCGCAUCCCUUACACAUACUGCUGGUCGCCGGCACUCAUUCCGAAGCCAAAUGACUGGGGCAACAACAUCGACAUUUCAGGCUUCUUCUUCCUCAAUCUCGCCUCCUCGUUUACCCCUGACCCUGAUCUGGCCGCUUUUCUGGAGGCCGGUCCGCCCCCAGUUUACAUAGGAUUUGGGUCAAUCGUCGUGGAUGACCCUAACGCCCUCACUACAAUGAUUUUUGAAGCAGUCCAGGCCACCGGUAUUCGAGCCCUGGUAUCCAAGGGCUGGGGCGGCCUGGGAGCUGAGUCGAUUGGAGUACCUGAUGGUGUCUUCAUGCUUGGCAACGUUCCUCACGAUUGGUUGUUCAAGCAUGUCUCCGCCGUGUGUCAUCAUGGCGGCGCAGGAACCAGCGCCGCAGGUAUUCAGGCAGGCAAGCCCACCAUCGUUGUGCCUUUCUUUGGUGACCAGCCAUUCUGGGGCGCCAUGGUCGAGAGAGCUGGAGCCGGUCCUGCACCUAUACCGUACAAGGAUCUCACGAGCGAGAAGCUUGCGGAUGCUCUGAAUUACUGCAUGAAGUCUGAGACCCAAGCUCGCGCGCAGGAGCUGGGUGACAAGAUUCGCGAAGAGAAGGGUAGCGAAGAAGGCGGAAAGAGCUUCCAUCGCCAUCUCAAUGUCGACGACCUGCGAUGUGCGCUGGCGCCUAGUCGGACAGCGGCGUGGAGAGUCAGGCGGACGCAGGUCGCAUUGAGCCCUCUUGCUGCAGCCGUUUUGGUGAACAAGCAGCAGAUCAAGUACACAGAUCUGAAACUGUUUCGACCUAAAGAGUACAAUACUGAAGAGCAACCUUGGGAUCCGGUUUCCGCCGUUACAUGCUCGCUCGUCGCAGAUAUCAGCAGCAUUGGCAUGGCAAUCGCUGACUUCCCUCGCGAGCUCUUCAAGUCUCGCCCCAAACCGCAGAAGGAAGAGUCAGGCCCGUCAACACCGCAGGCUGAUUCCACUCCGACUGGAUCCUCUGGUGAAAGAGGCAGCUCACAGCAAGCGCUCACCAGCGACUCGCUCUCCAGCCUGCAGCAUCCAACAGUUCAAGAGGAUGCCGAAUAUUUGAAGGCCGAGCUGCAAGGUACCGAAACAAGCCAAAUCAUGUCAUCAAAUUCUUCGACAUUUAGCGGUCCCGCGGCUUCUAGUCAAACUCAGCUCACCCACACCGAUUCAACCGCCUCCACCGAAGAGCUGGGUACCAACGCUGAUCGCUUGAAGCCCCAAGAUAAGCCCGCCAACAAUAGGAAGACAUCGUCAUCGAGUGGAUUUAAGCUUGACGAGACAGCAGAACGGGUCAUGGGUGCCAGUGAGAGUGUUGGUCGCAUAGUGACGACAGGUGUUAAGUCGCCUAUGAACUUUUGUCUCGGCCUUGCGAGAGGCUUCAGGAACGUGCCGAAGCUCUACGGAGAUGAGACAGUUCGUCCUGUUGAGAAGGUAACUGAUUUGCCCACUGGGCUCAAGGUCGCUGGCAAAGAGUUUGGUCUAGGUCUAUACGACGGCAUCUCUGGUCUGGUGACCCAGCCAUUAAGAGGAGCCCAAAAAGAGGGCGGUGCAGGCCUGGCAAAGGGCUUCGCUAAAGGUAUUGGUGGCAUCAUGACGAAGCCCGCCGCAGCUUUCUGGUCCAUACCAGCAUACACCAUGCAAGGCGUCCACGCGUCGCUCCGGAACCAGUUUGCGAGCAGUGUACAGAACUACAUCAUUGCAUCUCGAAUCAAACAAGGCGAGCUCGAACUCAACGAUUCCCUUCCCGAACAGCAUGAGGAUAUCCUCGUCCGUUGGAACAAGGUCAAGUACGAUCUCCGGAAGUGGCACGCACUUAAGAUUAAGGAGCAGAAGGAGGAAGAGAAGCGGCAACGCGCUGAGCGUCAAGCUCGCGGAGAGCCGGCUGAGUUGCCGGGAGAGGACGAACCGCCCAGAACAGGUUUCUCUUACACAAAACACCUUUCAUUCGAUGAGCGCAAGGCCCUACAUGCGCGCAAGAACAAGUCACAGACCUCUCAGGUUGAUCUGCAGAUUCCAUCCUUCUUAUCUGAACAAGGUCGUGCUGAUUCUGGCGGCUCGGCCCACGGCAAAGCUGAAGACGAAGACUACGAGAGAGCCAUCCGGGCUUCUGUGGCCGAGACGUCGCGUGGUAAUCCUGAAGAGGAUGCGCAAGUCGAGCAGGCCAUCCGCGCGAGCGUCAAUCAGAUGCGCAGUUCUGGACAGGGUCUUCCGGGCACGAACCACCCUGCCGCCGACUCGGACGAAGGGGAAGAAGAUCUUCAAAUCACGGAUCAGGAGUACCAGGAGCUCAUUGAAAAGGCCAUGCAGCAGAGUUUGACGAUGAGCUCGGCCGGCAUCAGGCCAGGCGAGGGCGCGCCAGAUGAUGACGAAGAUUUUAAGCGCGCUUUAGAGGCGUCCAAGAUUCCGAGCGGCCAAGCACACGGCGAUACGCACGAAGAUGACCUGAAACGAGCCAUCGAAGCUUCAAAGAGCAGCAACCUGGCCGACCACGACGAGGAGCUCCGCCGCGCGAUUGAGGAGUCCAAGACAGCACACGAAGAUCUCCGUCAGAAGGACCAGGCGGCUAGGACGGAGGAGGACAUUGUGCUCGAGUAUGUCAAGAAGCAGAGCCUAGCCGAAGACAGCUUUCGAUCUCAGCAUGGAAAGGGCAAGGCCAAAGUCGAGGACGAGGAUGAGAACGACAAGGACCUGAGGAAGGCCAUGGAAGAGAGCCUCAAAAUUAGUAGGCCGGAGCAGGGACCAGGCGGGUCUUCGACGUGA